GAAAUAUGCCUCGCUAUGAUGACCGCCGCAGCAAUACGCGACUCUAUGUAGGUCACCUGUCUUCGCGAACAAAGACACGUGACUUGGAGGAUCUCUUUGCUAGAUAUGGAAGAGUGUUCCACGCCUCGGCCUGUCCAUGUGGUUAACUUGGAUGAUCUUGUUGAAGGUUUCUUUCUGUCGUAAGAGGACACCCUUGGUGGACUGGCCAGUGUUUAUAGUAUUUAUGCAUAUAUUAGUGGAAAUGGCAAGAUUCCAAAGUGGUGUUUUGUUAACCUUUGAGGGGCGAAGUAUCAAACCUUCCUGAUAUCCUGAUGGCCUUACUGUUUGUGGCAAACCGUUUACGCAGAAUUCGUGCUGUGGAUAUGAAGCGAGACUACGCCUUUGUUGAGUUCAGUGAUCCUCGGGAUGCUGAUGAUGCAAGAUAUAGCUUGGAUGGAAGGGAUUUUAAAGGAAGCCGUAUUAUUGUGGAAUUCUCGAAGGGGGUGAGUGAUUUGACACCACGUGCUCCUGGAGGAUCUCGUGAUUAUAUGGGUAGGGGUCCUCCUCCUGGUUCUGGGCGCUGUUUUAAUUGUGGAAUUGAUGGCCACUGGGCUCGAGAUUGCAAAGCUGGGGACUGGAAGAAUAAAUGCUAUCGAUGUGGGGAAAGGGGCCAUAUAGAAAGAAAUUGUCAGAACAGUCCAAGGAAAUUAAGACGUGAGGAUUACUCACGUUCACCUAGUCCUCGCCGUGGUCGGAGUAGGAGCCGAAGUUACAGCCGCAGUCGUAGUUACAGUAGGUCAAUCUCUCCGGCAAAGAGGGAGCGAAGUUUUGAUGACGUCGAUAGAAGGCCAAGGAGCCCCAUUGGUAGUCGGAGCCCUAAGCGGGGAAGGAGUCCUAUGGGUAGUCGCAGCCCCAAGCGGGGGCGGAGCCCAAUCGCUAGUCGGAGCCCUAAGCGGGGAAGGAGUCCACCAUCCAGAGCAAGAGAUUACAGCCCAGCUGCUGAUGAGAGAAGCCCCCCGAGAGCCAAAGUUGAUCAAUCUCCCGAAGAUAAGAAAUAUGCUAAUGGGUCGGAUUAUAGCAACAGUCCCAGGAGGAAGAGCAUGAGCCCUGUCAAUGAUGCUGAAGCUGAUGGCCCAAGAAAUUACAGAAGCCCUGCUGAGGAGAAUGGCCGCAGUCGCAGCCCCAGCCCCAUGCCUAGGGACGAAGAGCCAAUGGCUGAAGAUGAUGAUAAUCGCGAUUCUCCGAGAGGCAGUGAGUGAGCAUCGCCUGUGAUGUGCGACAUCCGCUCGUAAUUUCUGGUCUUGUAUGGAUAGAACUUAUGGUGGAGUUCCGCUGCUUGCUUAGAUUUUACCGACAACAUUCAUAAUUUGCCUUAAGCUUUUCUUUUUUGUUUUUCUUUCCGGAAGGGCCUUCGUAUUUAUCAGGGAUGAUUUGGGUUUAGACCUUAAAAAUAUUUUGUAACGCUCUCUUGUUUUCUCAUGUGUUCUGGAUGGAUCUUCCGUAGUUUCUCUC